AUGGCCGCGGACGCCACCGCCUCCGCGUCCUCCUCCUCUGCCGCCUACCUCCCGCCGGCGCUCCCGACCUCGCGCCAGGACAUCCAGGCCGCCGUCGCCAAGGCCGCCGAGCUACGCGCGCUCCACGCCGCGCUCUUCCAGGGCGGCGGCGGCGGCGCCUCCAAUGCCGGGACCUACGCCAGCGCCAGCCGCAGCCCCGCCGUCAUCCGCCUGCCGCCGGCCGCGUCGCCGGCGCUCACCAGGCCGGGCCUCCUGCCCGCCGCCGCCGCCGAGGACUACCCCGUGUUUGCCCCGACUUAUGAUGAAGAGCCCUUGGGUGGAAUGAACUACAUUCGCCAAGAUAACAGGAGUAUGUCCGAGAACUGGAGUGGCAUCGGUUUGGACCAUGACGGCCUAGAAGACGAGGUGGCAUUCUCAGAUUUUGACAAUCACAACACCUUCUCUUCGUCAAACAGCGAGCUCCAUUUCUCUUCAUCUAAUGAGCACCUGCGUAACAGAAAGGCAUGCAGAAACCAUCCGUCACUCCUUCAACCCGCCAUCUCUGCUGACAGUUUGAUUAGGUCAGCCAGCAGGUUGACAGACUUAACUGAAUUUAAGGCCGUUACAACAUGUAAUACCUGCAAGCCUGCAACCAUCAGUCGGGACACUGAAGCUGAUGCCAAGUCCUUGAAGAACCUCAAUAGCACCGCGCCGCUGUCAAAUUACCACCCUGCUGCCUUCUCCUGGACAAGACACAAAGGGCCACAUAUUCUCUCCUGGCUCUUACCGAAGUCAAAGAGGAAACCGAAAUCAGACAUGUCACCGAACACCAUCGAAUGUGAGAACAUGUCACAGCUUCUGAAGGACUGGGGUGUGUUCUCACUGGAGUCCCUGAAGAAAGAGGUUGUUGAGGCCAAUGAGCACAGGGACGCUGCCCUGCAAGAAGUAUCAGAGAUGAAACUAUCACUAGGAGAACUGACUACCAAGCUAGUGAACCUGGAAGCGUACUGUUCGGAAUUGAAGAAGGCUCUAAAGCAAGCGACGAGCGCAAAGAACAUGCAAUCUCACUCAAAGAGAUCGACUAGAUCAGUUACUAGGAGCAGAGACAAUCCCUUGCCCGUGAGCCAUGAAGUUAUGGUAGAAGGGUUUUUGCAGAUAGUAUCCGAGGCCCGUCUUUCCAUAAAACAGUUCUGCAAGGUAUUGAUACAGCAGGUUGAAGAUGCUGACAACGGACUAUCAGAUAAGCUAAAUUUACUCCUACAACCGUAUCAAAUCACGCUCAGUGACAAGCACCCGAAACUAGUGCUGUACCACCUCGAAGCUCUGAUGAACCAAGCGAUGUACCAAGACUUUGAGAACUGCACAUUCCAGAAGAACGGGUCGCCCAAGUGCCUCGACCCUAAGCAGGACCAGCAGGAGAGCUUUGCCUCGUUUGUCGCGCUGCGCAACCUGAGCUGGAACGAGGUCCUGAAGAAGGGCACCAAGUACCACUGUGAGGACUUCAGCCGCUUCUGCGACCAGAAGAUGAGCUGCAUCGUGUCCACCCUGAACUGGUCGUGGCCGUGGGCUGAGCAGCUGCUGCAGUGCUUCUUCGUGGCGUCCAAGUGCAUCUGGCUGCUCCACCUGCUGGCGUUCUCCUUCAGCCCGCCGCUGACGAUCCUGCGGGUCGAGGAGAAGAGGGCGUUCGAUCAGACAUACAUGGAGGACGUGCUGUUGGACAAGCAGCGGUCGCAGAACCAUCCGUCGUCGUCGCAGGUGAAACUCAUGGUGAUGCCUGGGUUCUAUGUCCAGGACAGGCUGCUCAAAUGCAGGGUGCUGUGCAGGUACAGCAGCUAG